GCGGUAUGUAUGUAUCUAUCUAUAUUAUAUUACAUUAUAUACACAUAUAUCACAAAAAAUAUAAAUAUGUCUAGAAAUCAGUCUCCCUCGUAAAUCAGCGCUUCCGACGAGAAACCCCUCCCAAAAUUUCAGUGUCGUCGGCGUUCGCGUCUUCUGCAGCCAAUCGCGAGCAGAUGUCAUAGAUUCCGUUGCGCAUCCCAAGAAAACCAAACCCCCAUCCUUUUCCCGGGUCUAGAAUCCGAUUGGGAUCGUACAAGGUUCGGAUUUCGCGGAAAGGUGGACCUCUGCUACUUUAGGGUUUUAAAUUCUGGGAAUACGUUGGUGUAGAUAAGCGCGAGUGCCGAAACAAUUUGGUUGCGGUGGAGAUUGUCUUUCGAAUUCCAUGGAAGCUUACAAGAGAUGGGUUCGGAGGAAUAGAGAUUUUGUGCAUUCUCUGGAGUCUUUGGCUAAUGUAUGCCUAUGGUUUAACAUGGCUACUUCCAGAGCGGUUUUCAGAAUCGGAAAUCGGGCCUGAAGCAGUAUCAUCAGUAUUGGGUGUGUUCACUUCUGUCAACGAACACAUACUCGACACAGCAACAACUGCACAAACAAGAACAGGGCAUGCAGAUUAUUUGCCCAUCCCGUUUUCUUUGUGCAUAACUUUGCUCAAGGACAUGGAAACCCUCAUUGAAGUUUUUGCCCAACAAUUCUACGGUGAAGAUAGCAAGUGGAACUUCAUUGCCUUCACCGAAGCUGUGAAGGUAUUUCUCAGGUUAGCCAUUUUACGGAACAGUGGCUAUAGAAUGCUUUUGCAAGGUGGGGAGAGUGUGAAUGAUGGUGUUAGUUCCAAUGAGUUCAAUUCUCAUAGAAACGGGCUAAUUUCAAAACCCAUCCAACAACAGUACUCCAGUGUUAUGAGAAACCAUCACCAGCCGACUUCCAGGAGUCUCGAAGGGAAGGCAUUGUCUGCUCUAACUAGAUUUGGUGAAAAUGCCCGAACGGUCUCCGACCAACCCACAUGGUUACGUAGGGUUCAGCACCAGCAGGCAAUCAUCGAGCCUCAAACAGCACCAGUAGCUGUAGCUGAGAUGCCUAGUCUCACUACUUUCUUGUCGGAGAAGGGUAUUCCGGGAGGUCUUAUGUUAACGGGAGAGGUGAUGUUUAUUCUAAGACCCCUUGUGUACGUAUUGCUGAUAAGAAAAUACGGGGCACGGUCAUGGUUUCCUUGGAUGACUUCAUUGGCCGUAGAACUCUUCGGGAAUGGAAUUACUUCAUUCGUCACCACCUCAUGGCGGAUCAAUAAAAACUUCCAGCUUUCUGAUGCUGAGAAGCAUGAGUUGAGAAGGCGGAAGCUUCUGUGGGCGCUUUACCUCAUGAGAGAUCCGUUCUUUGCAAAGUAUACCCGGCGAAGACUUGAAGGUGGUCAGAAACUAUUAGAACCAAUCCCCAUUGUUGGGCUUCUUGCCGAAAAACUCGUGGAACUUCUAGUUGGAGCCCAGACGAGAUACACAUACAUGUCUGGUUCCUAAGCAAGCAGCAGCAUCUCCAUCUCCAUUUUACAGGUCCUUUAGGAGAAGAGAGUAGGAAGGAAGGUUGGUUAUGAAUAUGAUUACUGGCUUUUGGUUGUAAUAACCAAGUCAAUUCAAGAACUUCAAUGACUUGUCACAAUAUAAACUAAUAAUAAUAAUAAGCUGUUGUUAGUACAGUGAA